AUUAUUUUCUUUUGUGAGAAGAGGAAGAGUAACAGGAGAGAAAAUCUCUGAAUUUAAUGGCUUAGAGCGAUGAACAGUCACAACCAUUUCAACCACUUCAAUCAUCAUGUGAAAACUCGCUCAGACGUAAGUCUCAAGUAUUUCUCCGAUGUUGAAGCCGCAAUCAACCAGAAGUUACCAAAAGAACUGUUACUAAGGAUAUUUUCUUUUCUCGAUGUUGUAUCUUUGUGUCGAUGUGCCCAAGUAUCAAAGUACUGGAACGUUUUAGCUCUUGAUGGCAGUAACUGGCAACGAGUAGAUUUGUUUGAUUUUCAAACUGAUGUUGAGGGUCCAGUUGUAGAAAAUAUUUCCAAGCGAUGUGGAGGAUUUCUGAAGUCUCUAAGUUUACGUGGCUGUCAAAGUAUCACAGACACCGCGCUCCAAACAUUUGCAGAACAAUGCAGAAAUAUAGAAGUUUUGAAUUUGAACAACUGUAAGAAAAUUACAGAUUUAACAUGUUUCAGUCUAGGUCGACACAGUCAGAAGUUGUUGAAGCUUAUUCUUAGUUCUUGUCCAGACAUCACUAACAACUCACUCAAAGCUCUCAGUGAAGGGUGUCGGCUGCUGGAGUAUCUCGACAUAUCGUGGUGUACGGCCAUCACAAACGAUGGGAUCAAAGCUCUCACAAAGAGUUGCAGCAAACUCAGUGUCUUUAUUGGCCGCGGUUGUUCCCUGAUUGGGGAUGAAGGUAUCCACCACCUUGCAGAGCACUGUCCACAACUACGCAGACUCAACCUACAGGGCUGUCAGCUGAUAACUGACGAAGCUAUUCACGUGAUUAGUCAGAAAUGUCAUGGUCUGCUGUUCCUGUGUGUGUCCAACUGUCCGCGACUGACGGACACCGCCCUCACCGCCCUCGGCAACGGUUGUCACGAACUGGAGACCCUGGAGGUUGCCAGCUGUACCCACCUCACCGACAACGGCUUUCAGGCUUUAGCCAGGAAUUGUCAUCAGCUGGAGAAGAUGGAUCUCGAAGAAUGUAUCCAGAUAACAGACACGACCCUUGCUCAUCUUGCUUUAUACUGUAAUAAACUUGCGGCCCUGAGUCUUUCACACUGUGAGCUGAUAACGGACGAGGGAAUCCGUCAGCUGGGUGAGAGCCCAUGCGCCAUCGAGCACCUGGAGGUCCUGGAGCUGGACAACUGCCCGCUGGUGACCGACGCGUCCCUCGAACACCUGCUGGGCUGUCAGAGUCUGGAGCGCAUCGAACUCUACGACUGUCAGCUCAUCACAAGGGCCGGGAUACGCAGGCUACGGACCCGACUUCCUGAUAUAAAAGUGCACGCCUACUUCGCACCAGUGACUCCCCCACCAUCCGUGGGUGGGGGCCGCCAGAGAUAUUGUAAAUGUUGCGUUAUACUCUGACGAACGGCUGCGUCGGUUGGACGUUUCCGUUCUGUUUUCACGAGGCCAAUUCAUGUCAUAGGAGACCACACUGAUGGAGGGAUGACAGCUGGUCGUCACUGUCAAGUAAACCGUGAUUAAAUGUUGUACGAGUAAACGGCGAUCGGAUGAAUUUGUGUCCCAGGAAACGGCAGUGUGAUCAAUUUUUGUUGUUGAGUAAACUGCGAUAAAUUUUUGUCGUUGAGUAAACAGCGAUGAAUUUUUGUUGUUGAGUAAACAGCGGUUAAUGUUUGUUGUUGAGUAAACAGCAAUAAAAUUUUGUCGUUGAUUAAACAGCGAUGAAUUUUUGUUGUUGAAUAACAACAAUUUUUGUCGUUGAAUAAACAGCCAUGAAUUUUUCUUGUUGAGUCAACAGCGACGCAAUGAAUUUUUCUUCUUGUUGAGUAAACUGCGAUGCAUUUCUGCCAUUAAGUAAAUGGUGAUGUGAUUAAUUGUUGUUGUUGAGAGAAAGGCAAUAACGUGUUUUUGUCGAGUAACAAGUUGAUGCCGAGAUGGAUGAGCCUGGUGCUGUUCUGUGAUUAUUCAGUGUUUCGCAUGUCUGUCUGUCUGUCUGUCUGUCUGCCUGUCUGGGAUCAACAUUGCCACUUUCAGUAUACCGGCCAUUCAUUAAAGUUUCUUGGGUUUUUAAAACCUUCAGCCACAGUGUUCACUAGAUUGGCUAAAUCUUACUUUUGUUAUAUUUCUGAAUUCUAAAACCCUCUGACCGGGCAGAUCAGUUUCAGUACGCUUAAUAAAUCGUACUUUUAUUCAGUUUCUCAAUUCUAAAACCCUCUGUGAGAUCAGUUUCAGUACGCUUAAUGAAUCUUACUUUUAUUCAGUUUCUCAAUUCUAAAACCCACAGGCAGAUCAGUUUCAGUACGCUUAAUCAAUCUUACUUUUAUUCAGUUUCUCAAUUCUAAAACCCACAGGCAGAUCAGUUUCAGUAUGCUUAAUAAAUCCUACUUUUAUUCAGUUUUUUUAUUGUUCUAAAUCUCUUAAGCCAGUUGUCAGUAGACUUUGCUACAUUUUUCUUCUAUUAAAGUUUUCAAUUAAAAAAAACCUUGGCUAGAGUUUUAGUAGACUUAUUAAAUCUUUCAUUCAUAAAAUUUCUUAAUUCUAAAAUCCUACAAUUUCUUAUUUCUUAAUUUUAAAAUCCUAUAAUUUCUUAAUUUUAAAAUCCUAUAAUUUUUUUAUUCUAAAAUCCUUGGCCAGAGUUUUCACUGAACGUGGUUAGCCUUACGUCUUGGUCAUCAACCAUUUACCAGCGUUGUCACCAACCUUGAUAAACUUUACUUAUUAACUUUCCUACUUCUACUGUUCUACUAGAGAUUUUAGUAGAUUUGUUAAAUUUGUUAUCAUACUUCUUUGUUCAUUAGUCAUAGUCAUUGCUUAGAGAUGAAAUUGUGCUUACUUUUUUCUUUUCCGGCCUGUUAAUUAGUUUACAAGUUCACUCACUCAGGCUUUUAUAUAAUAAGUUCUUCUCCUCAAUUACAAGUAGAACAUUUUAAAAAGUAAUCCUACUUCUGGCAUAUUAAAAUAAGCCUAAAUUAACAUACGAUUCAUAUGGUUUAAUUUUAACCACAAUGCAUAUCUUAAAAAAAAAAAACCAAAACCUUUUCAGUUAUAGUAACCAGAACACAUUUGUUUUAAUACUUUAAUUUUUUUUUUAAAUUCACUGUAUUUUGUUUUUUUAAGUAACAAUCUUUCUUUCACAAUUAUAGUAACUAAAUUAUGUUUAAUUAUUUAUUUUUAUAUUAAUAACCUUUCUGUCAUUGCUAUGGUAACAGUGGCUACUGAAAGCAGCUUUUAUUUGAUAGGACCAAGAGCAGUGGAUGCUUUAAGUGGUUGUCACAUGGCUUGUCACAACAUGACUUGCAAACCAAUGAUCUGUGAUGUGUUUGGAGAUUUUCUCACGGAACUCUCACGUACACGGAGGUGUAAGAAACCAUGUCUAAGAAACCAUGUCGGGAGAUGCGUGGUGUGUCAAAACAUUGCCAGGUAUCAUUGUCAUGGAAAUGUGCAUGGCAGAUCCAGGAUUUUGUAAAGGAGAGGUCACAAAGGGCAGUUAAGUUUGAAUCUGCAGAAAACAAACAACCUGUGUUCCCAGAGGGACUAAGAGUUACUGGUUUUUGGCGGCUUCUUGGACAAGUAUCAAAUAAAGAUGCUCAGUGAUGCAUUU